AGUAUUCUGUACUGAGCUUAAGUUGUACUUUCAGAUGACUUUUCAUAAAUUAGAAAACUAAUAAAAAAACGAAACGUUACAGACUAUAAAGUUAAUGAAUUGUCUUCUAGUCCAUCUCCUCUGCAGAUGAAGGGCUGAACAGACCCAAACAGAGCCGCAGUGAGAAGAAGGCCCGCAAGGCCAUGUCUAAACUGGGUCUGAAGCCGGUCCACGGUGUGACCAGAAUCACCAUCAGGAAGUCCAAAAGUAUCUUAUUUGUCAUCAGCAGACCGGAUGUAUUCAAAAGCCCCAUGUCAGACAUUUAUAUUGUGUUUGGUGAGGCAAAGAUUGAGGACUUGUCUCAGCAAGCUCACAAAGCAGCUGCAGAGAAAUUUAAGGUGCCUGUGUCCUCCUCUCCGUUAGCCCCRUCGGCCCCACCCAGUCUCACCAUCAAGGAGGAGAGCGAAGAGGAAGACGAGGAGGUGGAUGAUGGGGGUCUGGAGCAGAGAGACAUCGAGCUGGUGAUGGCUCAGGCCAACGUGUCCCGAGCCAAGGCUGUCCGCGCGCUGAAACACAACAAGAACGACAUUGUGAAUGCUAUCAUGGAGCUGACCAUGUGAGUGAGGACCGAGGACAGUCUGAACCCUGACUCCCUCCUUCCAGCCUUUCUAAAGCCUAAACUCUGUGUAUUCUUCUGUAUCGCUGCUGCUGUAAGUUGCAUCCCCAAAUAUCUGCUAAAUAAAGUCUGUUCCAGCGUGACCGAA